GGCCUAAGGGCGGGACAUCUCCGCUCCCUUUAUUACGGUCCUGGGGCAAUUGCCUCCCUUUCGCCUGCGGGUUGCAGCUGCUUCUCUCGAGGGUGUCGCUUCCCUGCGCGGGACCUUCUUCACGAUGGCCGAGGAGGAUCCUUUCUGCCGCUACCGCUCCCCUCUCGUCUCGCGCUACGCCAGUCCCGACAUGGCUUUUAACUUCAGCGAGAGGAAGAAGUUCAGCACCUGGCGGCGCCUCUGGCUUUACUUGGCCAAGGCUGAGAAGGUGGGCGCGCGCGGGUUCGUGGCUGUGCCAGACAAACCCAUUAAGUGGAGAUGCCCCUGUCAGUGCAAUGGGGGUUGUGGCAUUUGCAGUUUGACUGACUCUGCCACACACACACAGAGCUAACAGACCUCCUUCUGCGCAACAGGUUAAGGGGCAACAUGCCUGUUCUGUUUGACGCCACUGUUUGCAUACCUACAUGGCCUUUAUACUUCUCUCUGUGUGUGCACAUCUGCCCAGUUUUGUUAAUAAUGCACUAGAGCUGGAGACUCAUCCACUGAAGCUGAAUGGUAGGCAGCCAAAAUUUAUCCCCACCCCCUGCCCCUACUCAGUACAGUGGUACCUUGGGUUACAGACGUUUCAGGUUACAGACUCCGCUAACCCAGAAAUAGUACCUCGGGUUAAGAACUUUGCUUCAGGAUAAGAACAGAAAUUGUGCUCUGGCGGUGUGGCGGCAGCGGGAGGCCCCAUUAGCUAACGUGGUACCUCAGGUUAAGAAAAGUCCUCCAGAACGAAUUAAGUUCUUAACCCGAGGUAACCACUGUACUUAGUUAAACUAGGGAAUUUGCUGCCACAAGAAGGUAGUGAUGGCUGCCACUUUAGGUGGCUUUAAAAGGGGGUUUUACCCAUUGUUGAGUUUUACCCAUUUACCCAGACAUGGCUGUCUGUGUAUUCAGGUGAUAUUGGAUGUAUUGUGGCCUGAAGGAUCCGAUCGGAUAUAGCACAGCUUCGAAUAUUGAUCCCCAGGAAACGAGAGCAAAUGUGUCGUUAUGCUCGCAUCUUGUUUGUAGGCAUCCCAAAGACAUCGGGUUAGCUUCUCCAAAUUGUCGUGUUUUGUUAAUAACGCUUUAUAUAAGUUUUUGAUACUGUUGCACAGUUGUAAAGCUAUAUUGUGCUUAGCAGCAACGGUUGCUCAGAAACAAAAUAAAAGGAGCAUCACCACUUAGAGAGAACUGUGAUCAAGCAGUAUACAAAUUGCAGAAGUAAAAUCGUUGCACACGACUUCUAAAUUUAAAUGUUUUUUUUUACUUUUGUGCAACACUGUAAUGUGUGGUACUUAUGUCUAGUAAAUGUGCUGUGGUUCUUCAUUUCUCAUCAGAUUCUAGGAUCCUUUUCACCUGGAAAAGGUAUUUGGCUGAGAAUUCCAAUGUAACUUUUUCAUAGGCGUCUGCUCAUAUUGCAAGUGUCCAUUGUUGCAUCAGGAUCCUUAUGCAGAGUUACAUUUUUGCUAUUCUCAUCUGAUUACAACAAUAUGACAAUGGACAUUUGCUAAAAUGGUUUCUAGAAACGUACUCAGAAGCAUACUGUCUCUGAUCAUGGAGGCAGAACAUAUUCAUUGAGGCUAGCAGCUAUUGAUAGCCUUUACCUCUAUGAAUUUGUCUAAUCCUCUUUUUAAAGCCACCCAAAGACUCUUCUAUUCUGAUUACCAUACUCGAGGUCACUGCAGAGGUGGUAUGUUGUAAGUGUGUGCAUUUCAAUGCAAUUUAUCAGUCACCAAGGGGAUGGAAGCAAUAUUCCGAAGAUGUUGGUUACACAAACCUCUGUACGUCACUCUAAACCAUACAGAAGAUACAAUGUUGUUUGCUUAGCCGUAGGUAACAUUUCAUAUGCCCCAUCAGCCCAGAGGGGAUUGACCCUGACUAUCAAGCAAUAGCACUUUAUCUAAUGUGUAUUAUACCUCGCAAAGUGAUUUUGUCAAUCAAGAAUAAACAAAGUGGAUUUGAGCUUCUGAUCCAAAUGUUAAACCAUUACAACUCUUAGUGGGAUUCACUUACCCUCAAAAAAUCUUUAAAUGGUACCACGUGGUCCUUAAAGUAUCCUGGAUCCAAGUUUUUCGGAACUUUCUAGAUCUUCUUUUAAAUUUUUGUUUAUUUCUGACAACCCAAAAGUAUUAGUAGCAGGGUGCUACAUUGUACCAUAAAGAAACAAAGAAAGAAAAAGAAAUUGUAACACACCAGUCUGCAUUGAGGCAUCCAGGUUUCACAGGCUAGCAUGGGUGGUGACUAUUGCAUGUACGUUCAAAGCAUAAGAAAUAAAAUCCUGCCAAAUGAUGUAGAAGUGUUCUGGGUUCUCCCAUUACUCUGGAGACACACAAUAACCAAAAGUCCAUAAGUUCUUAUACCACAAAGACCAAUGUAGAUUUUUUCCUAAGCUUUCCAUAGCUAGAUUAUUGAAAUCCUAGCAGCAGCUAGGAUCCAUGUCAAAGAUUAUUUAGUGUGACAAGCUUUCCUAUUAUCAGUCCACAAAUUCAGUAGUGACAGUUGUGGAUACGCCUGUGCAGAUGAUUUAAUUAUUUUAAGUAUUUAUUUAUAAACUUGGAAUCCGAAUUAUGAGAGCAGAGGGCAUUCCCACCAAAGAUAGAAAAAUAUUCCCCAGAGCCCGCAGGCCUGCCAGCAAUCCUGUAUAGAUUGUGGUAUAAUAUGAGACAUCUGCACAGGUGUACUAUCCCAUCUGUUCACAACUUUGAGCAUUCCUUCACAAAUAAUGGAACAGAUUUGUGAGGCUUAGCUGACCACAGUGAUUUCCAUUCAAAUUCCUCUUUUUGAGCAUUUAGAUCUUUCUCCUAGUAAAGUAUAAAGUGAACCAAGGGACAAGUGGUGUGCUCUGAAAGCUCUGCAUAAAUAAUAGAGACCAGUUCUUUAUCUCUGAUAAUAGAGACCAGGACUUGUGUUGAUAUAUAAUCAGCACAAUAACUUUGAACCUGGCCCUGGAACAUGUGGGAAGACAGUGCAGAUGUUUUAACAAAGGUUGUCAUUUGCUGAAGUACAAGAUAUCAUAGUAGCUAAGAAGUUAUGCCCUAUAAAAUUUUAGAGCAUGGGAUUUACAACUUAACAAAGGGCUCAUCUAUGCUUCUCUCCACUUUUCUAUUUUUUAUUUUUUUAAAAAUAUUUAUUAAUUUUGUAUACCACCCUUCAUCUGUAGAUCUCAGGAUGGUUCACAACAUAAUUAUAAUAUAAAAGACACAAAAUACUUAGUAAAAAUAAGAACAAAAACAAACCCAAUAUUCCCCCUUGCACAAAAAGGGCAUUGGAUUUCAAGGCAAAGUUCUCUUUCCAAGCGCUCCUCCCCCCAUGCCACUUUCUCUGUGAAAACCAAAUAUUUAUUGCUACAUAAGAGCAAGUGGGUGAGGGUCUCUAGAUCCUUCAUCUUAUGAUUAUUUUAUUAUAUAGCAGUGUACAUAUUGCUUUACCAAGUCACAUAAGCAAGAUAGUUCUCCUAUCUAAACAGAACCAUGUUUUCGGAAAGCAUGGCAGAUGUUGUUGUAACAUAUCUUGUGCUUUAAUGUGAGUUGGGGAGCCUGUUAUUUUUAUCCGUAUGUUCACAUUCCUAAGGAGUUACAGCUCUGGCCUUGAUCUUCAGCUGGAAACGGAGAGACAGACACACAGCACCUGUUCGUUUCAACAGGGUUCUGUCAGAUUGCUACUAACAAUCCCCAAUAGAUCUCCCUUUGGUCCGACAUGGGAUAUGAUUAGAUUUCUAGUUGUAGGGGAUUCAGUGUAGUGAAGAGUGCGUAACAUUUAUGUGUUGUUUGCCCUUAAUUUUAUAUAAGCAACAUCCCUGCUUGUUUUUUAAUUUAAAUUGCAUUCAGUGGGAACAGCAGCAGAAGGUAAACGAGGCACCUAAGAUUCUGCAGGCGGGUUAAGAUAAUAGAUGUGAUGUUACAUAUAAAUCAUGGAAAGGCAAAGCACAACUUUAUUUUUCCUCUGAAAAAUUGAAAAAGGUGUAAAAAGACGGUUAUGGAGACUAGUCAAUUACAGUAAAUUCUGGGUAGUGUUUUCAGAAAGCCUAGCAGAGUCAAGUACAAUGGCUUCCUUUAGAACUCUGAAAAAAUCCUUUGUACUGUAGAUAGAGCAUUGUAGUGCCUUUUCGUACAACUGGGUUGACAUUCAAGUUUGAGGCAACUCCAAACAUUUUAGUCUGCUGUCUCUCCCCGUUUUUAAAGCUAUUUGGGACACUUACUGUCAGAGACAAAACUGAAGUAAUUGCUUAAAUAUAGAAGGUAGAAAAUGAAAUAAACUCUAUAGUAAAUCAGCCAAAUUCAAAAAGAGAAAUUACACAGUUCUUUUACGUUUUUAUUUAAAUCAAAUUGUUGUGAUCUAUAAGAAUAGCAUUUUUUUCUAAUAUUAAUUGCAAUGAAGUGUUCCUUUAAAAUUAACUCAUUCAGAACAGUAAUAAGCUUGGGACUUUGGAUUUUAACCUCAGUAGUUAAAAGCUAAUCUUGCAUAAACUGGGCUUUGUGUCACCCAUCCCUGAUUCUGAAAGUUGCAUAAGAAUAAGAUCCCAGUCGAUUGUGUAAAUUCAGUGAUCUUACUAGUGGGGGUGUCCUUGAAUAGGGGGGUGAUGUGUUAGUUAACUUCAGGGUUUUUUCCCCUUGCAGUCACUGGGUCUACCCAUCACAGAUGAGCAAAUACAGGAAAUGGAAGCAAAACUGGACAGCAUAGAUUUCAAGAUGGCAGCUGAGGAGGAGAAGCGGUUACGUCAUGAUGUAAUGGCCCAUGUGCAUACAUUUGCCCACUGUUGUCCAAAGGCUGCAGGAAUAAUUCACCUUGGAGCAACUUCCUGCUACGUGGGAGAUAAUACGGUAAAACAAUGUUAUGAAAUUGUUCUCCAUAAGCUGGGCUGAAUCACUAUACAGUGGUACCUCGAGUUACAAACGCCUCAGGUUACAAACGCUUCAGGUUAAAAACUCUGCUAACCUGGAAGAGUUACCUCGAGUUGAGAACUUUGUUCCAGGAUGAGAACGGAAAUCGUGUGCCAGCGGCAGCAAGAGGCCCCAUUAGUGAAAGCACACCUCUAGAUAAGAACAGUUUCAGGUUAAGAACGGACCUCUGGAACGAAUUAAGUUAGUAACUAGAGGUACCACUGUAAUGGUUCUUUUCUAUCCCCGCUUUACUAUCUGAAAUACCAAGCUUGUAAAGUAUCAGCAAUAUUUUUUCUUUAUUAAAAAGACGAAGAUAAGUAUUGUAUAGCUAAAAAUUCAAAACCCAGUAAAGUUCUGUGAGAUAACUCCCCCCCCCCCCUCUCGUCUCUUCAUUUUCACCCUUUUUGGUGGCACAGAAGUAAUGCUGAUCCCUUUGAGGCACAAGUGAAUUUGAGAGUGACCAAAGUAAAUGCUUGUGCACAGUAGACUACUUGAUUCCUUGAUACACAAAGAGAAUGUUAGUUAUACCCAUUUGUCUUUAUGGAAAUUGCAAAUUACCCUGAAAGGAGAGUGUAGAUAAGCAUGUGGCUAUUGAAUAAAAUUGUGACUGACUGACUGUUUUAUUCCUUUUUCUGUUAGGACUUGAUAGUUCUCCGGGAUGGAUUCAACCUGCUUCUUCCCAAGGUGAGACACACAGUUUUUAAGAGGUGGGUGCUAUUGAUUCCAAGUGGCUGUUUGCCAGAGUUAACUAGAAGCAAUUAGGAGUUUGCAAGACACUGAGAAAAAGGUAGUUAUUUUACAAGGCACCUGAUCAAUGUUGGAUUCCAGUUGUGUUCAUACAGAGUUAAUAAUAUAACAUGAAUUGCUUUUAUGUACUGUAUAUGCUGUUGUUUUAAACUUAUAUAUAUAUAUAUUUAAUUGUUUUCAUGUAUUCAGUUGUUUUAACUGUUUUAUAUAUGUUCUGUUAUAAAUCCCUCAUUCUGCAAGGGUCAGACCUAAAUGAAAUAACUAAUAGUAAUAGUAGCAGUAGUGGUGGUAAUAUAGAGGCAUCAUAUUAAGUUAUAUAUUUUUCUCUCUAAAUUUUACAAUUCUUCUUGGAGAAUGAUUCAGACUUGACUGUCAGAUUCUCUCUCUCUAUGGAAUGAAGAACCUUGUAUUCUUCCCUACCCUUCUUGAAAGCAGAAUUGGAUAAAAAUGUAAAUAAUUAUUUUGUGACUUCCCUUGUGUUUUCCUUCUUUCAUUCAAUCUUGCUAGCUUGCCAGGGUGAUCAGCCGUCUUGCAGACUUUGCUGAGAAGUAUGCUGACUUGCCCACCUUGGGCUUCACUCACUACCAGUAAGUAAUUCAUACAAAUACUCAUUUAAUUCUGUGGAUGCUGCUCCCAUUUCUACCCCAUUUCUUUUAUUCACCCUCAGAUCAGCGGCCUUUAAUUGCUACUGUGCAAGAUUAAACUCCAGAAAACUAAAUGAAUCACGGCUAUAAGAUUCUGAAAGAAACUGAUAGAAAUGCUUUCAAAGCAUCAAGUGUGAACACUGUACGAAUGAAGCUGUACAGGCUUAUUCUUGAGUCAUAUUCUGUGUUCUUUUAGGCCUGCCCAGCUGACUACUGUGGGUAAACGCUGUUGUCUGUGGAUCCAAGAUCUCUGCAUGGACCUCCACAAUCUUGAGCGGGCACGAGAUGAGUUGAGAUUUCGUGGUGUGAAAGGCACCACUGGUACACAGGCCAGCUUCUUGCAGCUCUUUGAAGGAGAUCAUGAUAAAGUACGUAUCCCCAGCAAGUGUCAGUUUUGAAUUGCAAUUAGUUUGGGAACACUUGACUGUUGUAUUAUGUAGUGCUAAACACAGGCUGCCAUUCAUCAUAAACUUCCUGAGCAGUAGUGGAAGAAACUAUUGAAACAGCAUCUAAAAACAACAAAAUCCCACGGCAAAAACAGUAAAAAAAAACAGUUCUAAAUCAGCAAUCGGAAUAUCCAUAAGGUGCACCCUAUGCCCCAAUCAAGAAAUGAGCAAAGUUGCUUCCUGGGACAUUUCACUCUAGGGCUUUUGCCAGUAUGAAAUUUGCAUGAGACCUACAGAUGAAUUUUGAUUUCUGUGGGAAGCAGACAGCAGAUUGAGCAUAGGGCAAUAUAGUGAUUGCAUCAGCAAAACACCUAUAGUGCUCAGAAUGGUGCAAGAGGCACAAUCAUUCCCACUUCAGCCACUGCAUUCUGAGUGAGGUUCCUGUCAUAUUUUUCCCCUGAGGUGGAGGAGCUGGACAGGCUGGUGACUGCAAUGGCGGGAUUUAAGCGGUAUGUAAAAAAACAAAAAACCCUCUCCUUCCUUGCCUUUACUGCUUUAAGAACACAGAAAUCUGCCUUUAUACUGAGUCAGACCAUUGGUGUUGUCUUACACUUAGUACUGUCAUAUCUGGACUAACUGACUGGCAGCAUGGUUUUCCAGAGCUUCCAGCCUUACUUGGAGAUAUCAUUGUUUGAAGCUGUGAUCUUAUAUGUGCAAAGCCUGCCAUUAAACUGUGGCCCUUCCGCAUUCUUAAGAUGAGCACCUCUGGACCUAUGUAUAAAUUUGGAUUCUGCUCUGCAAUUAACAUUCCCGCUGUUGCUGCUAACUGCUAGGACCUAUUAGGGAAAAGGUUUCGCUUACAUAAUCUACUCCAUGAUGUAGGUUUGUAAUGGAACUUCCUCCCAUCUUAGUCCUUUGCAGUCUUGCUCUUCUCCAUGUGAAUGCAUGUUUCCCUUUUUAUUUUAUUUUUUUGCGCUACCCUACCGCAUGUUAAGCUGAAUUGUACAGUCACACAAAGAAUUUCUCUAGAUUGUUUCAAACGAGUACUGUACCUUCACUGGAUCAGGAAGCAAAUAUAAAAUGAGGGACAGUUGAUGUUGAUGUUGUGUGAUAUUCAUUCCUUGUUGCAUGCUCUCUCAAUCUCAUUUAUAGGCUCUGUUAAACUUCAUGAUGCUUUAUCUUUGUGUUUGGUUUCAGCGCUUAUAUCGUCACAGGGCAGACAUACAGUCGCAAAGUGGAUAUUGAAGUUCUUUCUGUUCUGGCCAGUCUAGGGGCAUCUGUACAUAAGGUAAGAACUACUUCAAAUUCUAUAUUCAAAGGCACCACUGAGAAUUGGGGCUCAAUUGGAUGCCUUCUUGAAUUGCACAGCCACAUAAAUUAUUUCUUUAGAGGUUUCAAGCUUUUAGAAACUGUGGUCACAUUCUGAUGUUUGGCUUUUCUCCUGUGUUUAACACAGAUUUCUGUAGUAUACCAGAUAUCUAGGAGAUAUCCUAGAUCUAUUGUAUUAUAGAUGGCUGAAAAAGUGAAAGCGAGCCAGUCCACCAUUCCUGCUGCUGCGCCUGCACUGCCUUGCCUCUCCCUGCCAGUAAGCAGAAGCAAUGCACAGUGUUCGGAAGUUGGGAGAGUGACUCAGGGGGGCAGACAUCUGGGGGAAAAGACUUUGGCAAUCCCACCCACCAGUGAACCCAAUGUGUUUUCACUACAUGUGAUUUUGGCUUUAUGUGCUAUCCCCAGAAUGUAACCCCAGCAUAAGUUGAGUGUCACGUGUAUAAUAGGCUUGAAUUCAGAUCUGUAUGUUUUGGGCUGGGGAAUAUGUUUAUAUUCAGAAUUUCUCCUAUUUCCUUUAAAAUAAGAUGAUGAAUUUUUUAUACUAUUUCUUUGUAUCAUAGACUCAGGGCUAAUUAUGAAAUCUUGCAUGCAGUAAGUCUGUGUCUGCAUCUGAAAUGAAUUAAUCUCUUUUUCUCCCCAGUGGUUAGUAAAAUGAACCAGCUCCAAGAUUUCUGAUGGAUAUUAAUACUGCCCAGAAAGUGUCUGAACUAAUUAGAGUUGUUUUUCUCCAGAUAUGUACUGAUAUUCGCCUUCUGGCCAACCUCAAAGAAGUAGAGGAACCUUUUGAGAAAGACCAAAUUGGUAAGCAAUGGCUGUAGAAACAGAAUUUUGUUGUUCUUAAAUUAACUUGUAUUGAUCGCCCUUUUGAAGUUGAAUGAUUGAAAUUAGAAUAAAAAUGUAAUAUGUGUAAACAUGUCUCAGAGCGAAUCAGCUGGUACAUUUACAUCCCAUUUUUAUUUAAAAGACAGUUAAGGAGUACGUGCAUGCAUACAGUUACCAGCAAAUUAAAUUUCUGAAGCUACUGCUUUGCUAACUAUCCAACAAGUUGCUGUAAGGAGUCUGAAACUGUGACUCCUCUGAGAAAGUGAGAUAAUGGGCUGCUUUAGAUAUAAUUCCAAACCAUGCCCUAAUGCUAUGAAACUGAACAGUCAAGGAACCUUGGCCUCACACACUACUGUCUGUCUUUGCAUGCAGUGAUUCCUCAUUGCCUCUUCUGAGGCAAAGUGGAAAUGUAUAUUUUACACUUGUGUUGCAAACAAAGAAUUAAAACCAUAGUUUGAUCCUGGUUUCCAGUCAUGGUUUGCAGGCAAAGUACAAGCCACAGUUUGUCUCAAGACUUGCUCUCUGGAGGACCCCAGACUGAAAUACUAAGGUCUUUUCAAUCCCUUACUGACUUUUCUUUUGUUUUCAAUACAGCUUUUUUUAAAAAAUUGAUUAACUUGUGUAAUAUAUGGUAUAACUGAUAUAAUUUUUCCCACUGGUUACUUUCAGUCUCCAUCAUGAUUCUAUCUAGUUUGCCUGUGCUUUAUUAUUUAAUUUUUGCCUUGUACUUGGUACUAUUUUGUAUCACUUUAAUAAAAAUCCCAAUAAAAAUUAUUGCAACCUCCUCCCAGAAACUACUACUAUUAUUUUAUUGAAUUUAUAUACUGUCCUAUACCUGGAGGUCUCAGGGUGGAAACUAUGGUUUAUUCAAACCAAAAUCAGUGUCAACAAGUCAGAUUCAAACGAUAGUUUCAGAUCCCAAUUUGCUAGUUAACCUUGGGUAGAACAAACCACAGGUCCCCAAGUUUGAAUAUAAUGUGAAACUCUGGUUUGUUUUAAAGCGAGAGCAUGAGUUUUCACUCUUUUCCCUUCUGUGCAAGAGGGGGUAAUGUGCAGGCCAAAAGCUCAAUGCAACCUGUUCCCAGUCUACAUUGGAGUAGGGAACCUCUGGGCCCCAUGAUGUUGGUGGACUUCCAUCUCCCACCACCCUUGGCCAUGCUUAGGUUGAUGGGAGUUGCCCAAAACAUCUGGAGGGCCAUAGGCUCCCCAUGCCUAGCCUUAAGGAUAGUAAUUUUGGUACAAAAGCAGCUGCUAAAUUUAACUAAGAGAGCUUUAGAAGUAGCCUAGCUAUGUUGUGCUCUGUCCAACUCACCCCAUGGGCCACUAACAGGUGGGAGGCCACCCCUUUUGUCAUCUGAUGUCACCAUGAAGUUAGCCAACCUAUUUUCAUUUGUGCCCCAACUUGAACACCUGAAUCUAUACAUUUUUGUGUGCAAGCUCUGCUAUCUAUUAAAAAUUAUUGUAUACAGUGGUACCUCGGGUUACAAACUUACUUCAUUCUGGAGGUCCGUUCUUAACCCGAAAUUGUUCUUAACCUGAGGCGUGCUUUUGCUAAUGGGGCCUCCCGCUGCUGCUGCACCACCAGCACUCGAUUUCCAUUCUCAUCCUGGGGCAAAGUUCGCAACCCGAGGCACUACUUCCGGGUUGGUGUAACCCGAGGUGUUUGUAACCCAAAGCGUUUGUAACCUGAGGUACCACUGUAUUGUUGAGGAUUGUGUUUGCUGAUAACCGAAGCAACUUUUGUAGACGGUGAGAGAACUUUAGAAAGGCACACUGUUUAACAUUCUUGUUUUUCAUUCUUUCUCCUUCUCAUUUGCACACUCUUCCUUCUCCUGUUGCCCAUUCCCCUCCCCCCUCCCAUUGUACAGGUUCAAGCGCUAUGGCUUAUAAACGGAAUCCCAUGCGUUCAGAGCGAUGUUGCAGUUUAGCUCGUCAUCUUAUGAUUCUGAUCCAGGACCCCCUUCAGACAGCAUCUGUGCAGUGGUUUGAGCGCACUUUAGAUGAUAGUGCAAACAGGUACAUUCCUGAUUCUUGUCGCUCGGUCAUGAAGCAGAGAGAUUAUUUCUUUGUUUUCAAAAUCCAUUUAUAAACUAACAGAACUUUCUAUGAUAUUGUGAACUGCACCCAAAAUAUUAAACAUACUUACUUGAAAGUGAACCUCUGUGAUUUCAGUGGAACCUUUUUUAACAAGUAUAAAAUGUACAAGGCCACUACUGAAGGGUGUAAUUUCUGAAAGCUAAGCUGGAGGUGCAGAGGAUUCUUGCUCAUUUUGCCCCCAUUGGAUUCAUGUGUGACUCAGAACUUGGAUUUGUGGAUUAUGACACAUAAUCAAUGAACAAAUCCAUGCCUGCUUCUGUACUGUACUUAGGAGUUUUAACGUUUCUUUAAAACUUGACCAGCUACUUAGAGCAGCCAAAAUCUCCUCCAAGGCUACACAGUAAAGAAUGUGUUUUAAAAUGCUCCCAGAAAGGAACUGUAUAUCACAACAUGCAGAAUUGUACAAAGAAAAAGAUGGCUGUUCCCAUGCAAUGCAGGAAGUGUUCGGUUCCCCAAGUAGCUGUAAAAUGUUGACAAAAGGGGCAGCUCUUGGACCAUCUCAUAAGCAGUUCUUUCAGUAAAACAGGGCAGAUUUUUAAAAUUAAAAACAUCUAUCCAUAAACUGGAUGCCAUGGAGUUAGUUUUGUGAAUACACGAAACUGACACAGUACAGAAUUGGGAUGAUCCAUCCACCCCAACAAAAUGUUCCUUAAAACACUGCCUAGUGUGGAAAAUAGGAAGAGUAAGCAAAUUAAUGAGGAAAGAAAAAACAGUACGGAAAUGUUUAAAAAGUCCUUUCUGUGGGAAUGCUGCAACUUCUCCCUCCCUCCAAUUCUGGUACUCUUUUUCCACAGGCGUGUGUGUUUACCUGAAGCCUUCCUCACUGCUGACAUAAUACUUAGCACCCUGCAAAAUAUCUCUGAGGGUCUUGUGGUAUAUCCCAAGGUAAGAAGACUCAGAGGAAGUGUGAGCGGUCUCUUUCUCCUGUAUUGGCAGUUUUCAAACUGUUUUCUGGGGAAAGCCUGGGGUCCCUUGGAAGCUUUUCAGGGUGUUGUCACCUGAAACACAGCUUGCUUCCUGUUAUCAGUCUUCCCUUCAUAGCCACUGUGAGUUGAAUAUGUAUUUUUAAUGCACACUCAGUUAACACAGGGGUGACAGCAAGGACCAACAACCCUAGCCACAACUCCACGCAACUAAGCAUGGACACACACACACACACACACACACACACACACACACAGCAGGGGCUUCCUUUGCAGACAUGCGAUGAGUACUUUAAGGACAGAAAAUUUCAAAAACUCUGCCAUAAAUCAGCACCCACUUCCAGCCCUGGACAUGUAUAAGGAAGGAAAUAGCUCAGCUGGUAGAGCAUGAGACUAAUCUUGGGGUCGUGGGUUCGAGCCCCACGUUGGGCAAAAGUUUCCUGCAUUGCAGGGGGUUGGACUAGAUGGCCCUUGUGUUCCCUUCCAGUUCUACAGUUCUAUGAUUCUAAGCUUUUAAAAACAAUCUGAUUCAUGUCAACUGUUAAAUUCCAUUUAGCUACAUAGUGGAGGUUUUACAGAUGGGUAGGUCACAGUCACUACGAAGCAGAUACCCAGUGCAGGUCCAAUCUAAUGAAUGCUGGGCACAGUUAAGUAUGGGAACCUCUAUCCAAGGGAUUAAGAUAGCAGUUUCAGGAGUCUGCAGCAGGUUUCAACUGUGCACAGUUCCAAUGGACUAGCUUUUAUAAGAAGAACCCAUCCCCUGAAUAGUUUUUACUUCUCUUGUAAUAUUGAAGAAAAAAAUUAUUUAACACAUAACUGUUUAAAUUAAUAAAUGCAUGUGUGGCAUUUUAAAAAGUAAGAGCAGGCAUACAACUCCCUGAAGUAUGGUGGUGAGACAAAACUGACAACUUGAAGCAUUUUUAAAAUUCAUUCAUUACUAUAUUAUUUUUACUCUGAACAAGAGUGGCAGCUGGCUUGCUCCACAGGAGUGGGGAGAAGUUGUUUUGACUUCCUGUUUUAACAUUGAAUCUGUGUGCAUCUGUAAGGAGACAGUAUUUUUUUCUUCAGUUUUAAUUAGGAAUGAGCUAUUAAUAUUCAUGAGGUGUAGCAGAGUUUGGAAUGAUAUAAAAUUUGAAGCUAAUGAAGGACAUGCCAUCUAGCAGUAGAAACUGCUUUCUAAAUGAUGAAUCUAUUUGUCCUUGUAUCCCAGUCUUAUCUAUUCUGACUGGCAACAAACACUUCUUCAGGGACUUGGGCAGAGGUCCUUCUAACGUGCUACUAAUCUGGGGCCUUCUCUAUUCAAAGCAUGUACUUUUAUUGCCGAGCUGUUAUCUCUCCCCUGAAUAAAUAAAAUAAUGAAGAGUAACAUAGAAACUGGAUUUUCCAGUCCAUUUUGUAAAUACUGUACUUAUAUUUGAUGUUUGAUUUAGGUUAUUGCGAGACGUAUUCAGCAAGAGUUGCCUUUCAUGUGUACAGAAAAUAUUAUCAUGGCUAUGGUGAAAGCUGGGGGCAAUCGCCAGGUAUGUACCUAACUGUAGGCUCUCAUUUACAGGCCCUUAAGGGGACUUUUCAUGCCAGGAAGUAGAGGGGUUGGAAGAAAGUUGUGACACCAGUAUCUUGAACUCUUUGCUGUUUCACAAUCUAGCCCUGUUGUUAUGCACAUCCUCUUUCUCUCAUCAUGUUGCAUAUUUCUAAAUUUUACAAGUUCAGCUACCAGGGAAGGCAUUAGUUUUGUUUUAUCACCAGUUUUAGUGUCACUAUAUUAGUAUUUAGAAAGCAGAGAUGGAACAUUGCAAUGUGCCUAUCUUUUUCAAAUUAAUUAUUAUAAUACUGAAUGAGGAUGCUUUUGGAAAUAACUUAUAAAAUUCAGCACUAACUCGUUCACUUCUUUACCCAAGAUCCCUGCUGCCUCUAGAUUUGUUUUCUUAGUAUCAUAUGAAUGUUAGCGAUUAGACAAAUUGUCACCCUACACAUUUUUUAAAGAGAAGUCUGAAAUAAUUUUUGUUUGUUGCAUUGUUUGCUGCUACUUUUAUCUUAUUUCUGUACUUGUUAUGCUCCCUUGAUGCAUCUAGAACUGAGAAGUUAUUGAGACAAUAUUCUGCAGUGAUCGGCUACACAAAAUACUGAAAGUUUCAGAAGAGGAUGGAAUUUUGCUAUUUCUUAUUGCAGUUUGUGUGUAAUUAAAAAGAGAACUAUUAUGAAUGGACUGAAUGAUAAAAAGACCCACUGAAGAGAGAAUUCAGGCAUUGCAACAGUUCUGUCACACACAGUUCAAAUGUUGUUCAUUUCCAGGUAGCCUAGCUCAGCCUCUUUUUGAUGAGUUCCUGCACUCCAUCUUAGGACCAAGACCAAUUCAGAUUUACUAUGGUUUAAAUACUAAGCCACUUCCCCCACUACGCUCUUUUCCCUCUUCCUCCCUGACUAUAUUCUGACAUUUUGGUUGGCCUAAUAGAUACAGCCCUACAAUGGAUUUUGGAUUUUUUUAAUCGUGAGCCACAACUACAUUAGCUUUUUGUAAAUCCUGUAUAUGAUACUUAGGAUGUUUACCGUGUUUGCUGAUGGUUUGUAAUGUGAUGUUGACUUCUUUUUCAUAGGAUUGUCAUGAGAAGAUAAGGGUUCUGUCCCAGCAGGCAGCUGCUGUUGUGAAGCAACAAGGGGGUGAUAAUGACCUCAUUGAACGUAUUCGUGCAGAUCCUUAUUUCAGCCCUAUUCAUGGAGAACUGGAAUCUCUUUUGGAACCCAAAUCCUUUACUGGACGUGCUUCCCAGCAGGUAAGAACAGGAAAGUUCUUAUGAGGUUGCCGUGGACUCUAGUCCACCUAAAGCUUUAUGUUCUCUACCUGUGACUGUUUCUUUCUUUGUCUUCCUUUGUAACCUUUCUCGCUCCAUUUGAAAAAAUUCAUCUAUUACUCCUUGUUUUUGUUUCUUCUGCCAUAAGCUCCCCUGCGAAUGAACCAGUUUCCCCCUCCUUAUUCUAUUUAGACGUUUCCUUCAUCCAUUGCUACCCAACCUUCCUCUAACUACAUACUCCUGACUUUUUAUUUAAUUGCCUGCCCCACCCUGUCUUACUGAUUCAGUGCAGAUUGUAGUCCAGUAGCCUGUAUCAGCCAGUUCUUCAUUUACCAGUUAAGCAAAGCUAGGCUUUAACAGGAGCGGUUUGAGAAAGAUUCUUGGCAUAUCUCCCAUAUCUGGAAGAAUUCACUUUCUGUACUUCUAACAUUUCCUUUUUGUUGUUAAUGGUGUGCUUUGGGUGGGGACAAAUCUAGUCUUUGCCUUAUCCGGUUACAGGGAAGUGUGCAGAAUAGAGUAAUUGGUUAAUAUGCUAAGGCUAAACGAGUAUUUGGUCCAAAUUAUUCUUUUAAUGCCUUUUUCCUCCCUUCUUCCAUAACAGGUAGCAAGAUUCCUAAAAGAAGAGGUCCACCCCGUGCUUACCCCUUAUAAGAGCAAGAUGGAUGUGACAAUGGAGUUGUCUCUUUGAAUUAGUAUUCAAUUAUUAUUUCAUCAGGGUAUUUGUGGGGAAGAUAAUAAAAUAUAUUUCAAAACAGACGUGAUGUGUGAACUGAGUCUUCGAGGUUUCUGUGGCAAGUCUAGGAAAUCUUAAGGACGUGUAACACUUCUGGGAGAAGGAUAUGCAGUUGAAUUAAAGCUAAAACUUGUAUUGCAAUUGUCAUGGGGCAUGGAGUUGGAAUUUGCAAAAGCAAUUGUUGGUUGAAGUGGGAGAUCUGUAGGAUAAAGUGUAGUGUUUCUUGGUGUACAGUGUCUUCAGCUUCCUGGCUAUAAAACGGGAGUGGCUGACAUACAAAGAGAUGAAGCUAUUUUAUGGUUAGACCGAGCUGCUCUGAAAUUAUAGAGGUUGGUGCAACUUCAAAGAGUUCAUGCACACAAACAAAUAUUGGACUCUUGUUAUAAAUCACUCAUUUCAUUCAUGGUUGUUACAUUGUUCCUGAGGCAGGAAUGUUAGAAAUUGUUUUAAGCACAGGGUUGGAAUCAGAAAGCAAGGGGGCAUUUUACUCCUAGGGUUGCAUUGUUUAGUAGAAGAGGAAUGAAUGCCUCUUCUCUCUCAGAUAGAAGGGAAAUCCUGCUGGGAUGUGCUAUAUGGUUCCCAUCUCUCAAAGCAAGAAAUAAUUCAUUUCCCCAUGAGAACUGUUAUUCAUAUAGGAUUUUACACAGAUUUAAUCAAUUGAUCAGUUAAAAGUCACACAAUUAUGUAUUUUAUUGAGUUCAUUUUAUAAGGGCCUGCAAGGGGUGCCAGAGUAGCCGGGAACUGCUGUAGGGAAAGGAACGUAGAAGAAUGGAGGUGCAGAAAAGUAAAUAGUCCGUAACAUUCUUUGUCAGCAAAGUACGAGAGUAACGCGAGAGACUUAUAGGAAGCUUAGAGAAAGAAACUAGUCACACUGCACAGCUGGUCUUGUUUAUUUCCCUCUUUCUCCUUCAUUUUACGCUUUUGGAGGAAUAAAAGUACGUCACAUUUUCCGGAGAGUCACAA